UACAAGGAUGAUGCCUGUCUCUACUCACCAGCAUCUGAGCCGGAGGUCAUCACUGUCGGUGCCACCAACAGUGAGGACCAACCCGCCUCCAUCGGCACCCUGGGCACCAACUUUGGCCGCUGCGUGGACCUGUUUGCCCCGGGGGACGACAUCAUCGGUGCCUCCAGCGACUGCAGCACCUGCUUCACGGCGCAGAGUGGGACGUCGCAGGCGGCCGCGCACGUGGCAGGCAUUGCCGCCAUGCUGCUCAGCGCUGAGCCCCAGCUGAGCCUCGGCGAGCUCCGGCAGCGCCUCCUGCACUUCGCCACCAAGAACGCCAUGGACAUGGCGUGGUUCCCCGAGGAGCAGCGGCUCCAGACGCCCAACAGCGUGGCCGGGCUGCCGGCCCAGCUGGACUCAGACGAGCAGCUGUACUGCCGCACGGUGUGGUCGGCGCGCUCUGGGCUCACCCGGCACGCCACCGCCGUGGCUCGCUGCGCCGGCACCGAGGAGAUGCUCAGCUGCUCCAGCUUCUCCCACAGCGGCAGGCGGCUGGGGGAGCACAUGGAGGACAAGGACGGGCGGAAGCAGUGCGUGGCCCACAACGCUUUCCGGGGCCGCGGUGUCUACGCCAUCGCCAGAUGCUGCACGUGGCCCAGGGCCGAGUGCCAGAUCAACGGCAGCUCCCCGGUGGCCGAGGGAGCCGGCUGCUCCCCACGAGACCACGUGCUGACUGGGUGCAGUUUCCACUCCCCCGGCACGGCGCUGGGUGACGGUGGCAGAGCCAUCACGGGGCCAGGGAGCAGGCCCAGCCGCUGCGCUGGCAGGACGGAGGUGAUGGCACAUGCCAUGUGCUGUCCCGCCGCCGGCAUCGAGUGCCGGGUGAAGGAACACACGUCCCUGGGCUCCGCGGAGAAGGUGACGGUGUCCUGUGACGAGGGCUGGACGCUGACGGGCUGUAACGCCCAUUCCCCGAGCCCCAGCACCAUGGGAGCCUACGCCGUGGAGGAUACGUGCGUGGCAGCCAGCCUCCCGGGCAGCAGCAGAGGGGUGAGCAGGGGGAUACACCGGCACCGCGGCACUGCUGCGGCUCCAGCUUUCAGCACCUCGCACCAACGGAAAAGGCAGUAUUAAUUACAGUCCAGAUCGCCUGCAAAUCUGACACACAAAAGCCGGCCUAAUCCCUGACUGCAAGCGUAGCCAGGGUAGAUCAUUCUGCUAAGAAGGUCAGAAGAAACUGCCCACAGAUACAGAUCUGACAGUGCCCCGGCACACGCCCCGGUGUAAGCGUGUACAGCAGCACAGCCACGGGGGCAGGCAGCUGCUUCAUUUACAAUGGACAGGAGCCAAAA